AUGCCUACCUUGUCAUUGCCACGAAUCGCUUUCCUCAGCUCUUUGUUGAUGACUUCGUCUUUUGCCAAAGACUGGGAAAGUCCUGCCUACACAUCAUUAUAUCAAUAUCCCUUACCGGUCCCACCCACUAAAAUCCCGAAAAGGACAAUUACAAACCCAGAUACUGGAGCACCUAUUGAUUUCUAUGAGGUCGAUAUACUCCCGUUGGAGCAGCAAGUUUACCCAAAGUUGGGGAAAGCGAAGCUUUGGGGGUACGAUGGCAUAUCUCCAGGGCCGACUUUUCGCAUGGAGAAAGGUCGUGAGUCUGUGGUCCGUUUCAUCAACCAUGGUCGAUUAGCAAACUCGGUACAUUUGCACGGAUCCUACAGUAGGUCGCCUUGGGAUGGGUGGGCUGAAGACAUCACACCCGUCGGAUCAUAUAAGGACUAUUACUAUCCAAAUAGACAAGCUGGACGAACCCUCUGGUAUCAUGAUCACGCGAUCGACCAUACUGCCGAGAAUGCUUACUUUGGACAAGCUGGAUUUUACAUCUUGCAUGACCCUGAUGAUGACAAAUAUGGUCUCCCAUCAGGUAACUAUGAUAUUCCACUCGCCUUGAGUGCCAAACAAUACAACAAAGACGGCACACUCUACUCCCCAGCAAACGAGGAGACUAGCUUGUAUGGCGAUGUCAUACAUGUAAAUGGACAGCCAUGGCCGUACAUGAAAGUAGAGCCUAGGAAAUACCGUUUUCGGUUCCUGAAUGCUGCAAUUUCUCGCACAUUCAACAUGUAUAUUGAGAAAUCAACCGCUACAGGCAAGAAGCUUGGUUUCAGUGUCGUCGGUUCUGAUGCUGGACUCCUCACUAAUCCAGUCGCAACAACUGAUCUGCCUAUCUCAAUGGCGGAAAGAUGGGAGAUUGUGAUUGAUUUUGCGGCUUACUCUGGUCAAAACAUCACCUUGCGGAACAGUCGUGACGUUGGGGCCGACACAGAUUAUCUCCAUACAGAUAAGGUGAUGCAAUUCAAUGUAGGCACUACAGUGUCUGACAGUGCGAAUAAUGGUGCUCUACCCACCAGGCUUCGAGAUGUGCCAUAUCCGAAGGAUAAAACAGGCGUCGACCAUCACUUCAAGUUCCAUCGUAGCAAUGGUCAAUGGCAGAUUAAUGGCGUCACAUUCGCAGACCCGAAUAAUCGCGUACUAGCAAAGCCGCAACGAGGUACUACGGAGAUUUGGGAACUGGAGAACUCAUCUGGUGGGUGGACGCACCCGAUCCACAUCCACUUGAUCGAUAUGAAGAUCAUGAAGCGAACUGGCGGUAAGGGCCGAGGGGUUCUACCAUUUGAAGCUGCAGGACUUAAGGAUGUUGUCUGGCUCGCAGAAGGCGAGACAGUGACCGUCGAAGCCGUCUACGGUCCACACGACGGUCUGUAUAUGUUUCACUGCCACAAUUUGAUCCACGAAGACCAUGAAAUGAUGGCGGCUUUCAACGUCACUAUGUUGACCGAUCUUGGGUACAAUGAAACGCACUUCAUCGACCCAAUGGAGGAAAGAUGGCGAGCUAAGCCUUAUGAUGCUGCGUAUUGGACAAAUGACAGGGUUGAUGACUCCGUCAAGUCGAUGGCGAUAUUACAUCCUUAUGAUAGGAUCCCCGAGGCCGAGGCAGCCGUAGCAGGUUAUUGGGCUACCAAGAUUCAAGCGAGGGCUGAGGCUACGUCUGUGCCCUCAACACUGUACACGGCGGUUGCGGCUCCGACGGAUAUAAGUAUAAAGUAG